AUGCCUUCGUCAGCAGCAAGACAGCGCAACAAAAGGGCGUUGGAAACCACAGGCGGAGUAUCGCGUCCUCCAACAAGCAAGCGCAAGGGCAAGGCCCGCGCUGUGGGCAGAGGAGAGUCUACAACACUUCAAUCGCUCUUGUACAUCCUUAUGGCAACGACGCUUCUAUUGGUCAGCUAUCAAGCAGCACGCAUCUACUACCGAGGCACUGCAGUAAUCUCGCCACUUUCGUUGUGGACCAAGGUCAAAUACGCCACAUACGACCGACGCCACAACACGGUGGGGACAACUGUUGGCAGCGACGCAAGGAACAAAUUCAACAAGCUCGCUCCAGAAGGAGUCGUUGCCGGGAUCCCGGCUCUCGUGCCUGGUCAAGAAGCGACAGACUCGCUCGAUCAGUUUCGGGAAAAGGUCGGCACCGAGGGCGAGCUGGACGCCCAAUUCGAUGACGAUGGCAAUCUCGACCUUGCCACCAUCCAGAGAAUGCUUGAUAUCUUGUACAAGCCAGCGAGAGAUGGAGUCAAAGGUGCUGCAAGUGCUGCUGGGCGUGUGCUCGAAGCUGUUACCGAGGACGAUCUCGACGCAGACGCCGCUGAUGCUGCCGAAGUUGCUGACGAGGCUACACCGUAG